GAGCUGGUUAACGCGUCUGCGACCGGGGGACUGUGUGUUCUCUGGAGGAGACGAGAUUCCCAGACUUGUCAGAGGGGAGGGGGACACUUUUAUUCCUGAGAAAGUAUUAUUAUUGUCUUUUGGAUUACAUGCAGCAGAGCGCCCCUUGUGCGCUCGUCCUUUUUUAUUCCUUGUCCGGCCGAGGCUGCAGCUCCUGGUGUGUGACAUGUGGAGCAGCGUCUCUCCGCGUGAUUGACAAGAAAAGCAGUUACUUUUUUUAAAAUUGUAAAACCCCGGGGACAUCAAGAGGUGAGAGAGAUACGUGACAAGAAAGGGACAAACAGUCGGGGCAGGGGGACUCACUCGGGAUGCUGGGCCAGUCUCCUCACCUGGUCGGGGGCAUCCUGUGGAUCCAGAAUCCCAUGAGAGCUGUUCACUGCAACCUGAGCCAGAAUGGCAUCGACCACCAGAUGCGCCCGGAGGACAUGACAUCGCAGCUGGAGGAAGAGGAGGAGUCUGUGGACGCGGGGGGCGUGCUGCUGGACGACGACAGCCCGACCUACCAGGACGUCAGCCCGCCCGUGUACCAUCGCCGCUCGCCGCCGCACCGCUCUGUCUCCGAGUCGGAGCUGACACGGCCCGGGUACGUGAAGCUGUCCAAGCCCGUGGCCCUGUGGACCCAACAGGACGUGUGCAAAUGGCUGAAGAAGCACUGUCCCAAUCAGCACCAGAUCUACAGCGACUCCUUCAAACAACACGACAUCACAGGAGGUUUACAUGCUCUGGAGCAAAACUCGAGGCCUCAGAACGGCAGUUCACAAAACCAACCGGCGGCGUCACGUCCCCUCCGUUGGGAAGCGAUGUCCCUCUCCAGCAGAAAACUCGCCGGUCCAAUCACAACACUCGUUCACGGGCGGGCUCUGAUGAGAUUGACGGACAGAAAGCUGGAGAGAAUGGGUAUCAUGCAGGAGGCCCAGAGGCAGCACAUCCUGCAGCAGGUCCUGCAGCUGCGAGUCCGGGAGGAGGUCAGGACCCUUCAACUUCUCACACAAGCCUCUCUGGAGUGCGCUCCGUCUUCACCGUAGCCUGGCUACCCAGUCGCAGAUGGCCCACCACCUCGCCAACACCACCCCCCCAGUAUGUGAUCAUCCCCCCAGACUUCUUCCUGGACCAAGCGUCCGCUCUCCGCCUCACACCGUUGGUUUCUGCCGUCAAAGACUUAUCUGGAAAAGUACCCAUGCCUUCUUCUCUUCCCAGCCACUCCUAAAAAAACGAGUUCUGACACGCUGUUUCCUCGCAGCUCCGCUCAGAUUCCUGGAGGCUGACCAACAGUUUCCAUUACACGAGUCCCAUCUCCACUCAUUUCUGGCCUUUUUUGCAGCCAAACCUGCACCAGACCUCUCACGCUAUGACUCCUACACUCCCCUCGUACGUCCCCUCGCUCCCUCUGCCUUUUCGAGGGCCGUGCCAGAGGCCCAGCCCCCGGCCCACCGCCGUCUACCCAAGAUUCCAAACGUUUGCUCGGCCGGGGGGGGG